AGAGUCACGUUGGUCACGUUUUCAUUUUGCCACUAAUUUAUUUCUGGUUGUUGGAAAAGAUAUAUGUAUAGAAACAGAUAUAAGAAGUAACUAUAGAUUAAUAUAUUAUUUCACCACCUUAAAUAAAAAUUGUUUGAUUUAUAAUGCCGACAAUCGGAGUUAAUAGGGAUUUAUUAUUUAAAUCAUUAGGCAAAAGUUACACUGAUGAUGAAUUCCAGAUCCUUUGUUUUGAAUUUGGUUUGGAACUAGAUGAAGUGACCACCGAAAAGCAGAUGAUAACAAAAGAACAAGGAUAUGAUCGUCAGGUGACAGUUAAUGCUUCUGAAGAUGUAAUAUAUAGGAUAGAUAUACCAGCUAAUCGUUAUGAUCUACUUUGUUUAGAAGGAUUGGUUCAAGGAAUUUUAGUAUUCCAAGGAAAAGUUUCUCCCCCUAUAUUUCGUGCUACUAAACCAGCAGAGGGAUCAUUAGAAAAACUAAUAAUAAAGCCCGAUACUGCAAAAAUACGACCCUAUGCCGUAUCAGCUAUUCUUAGAAACAUUACAUUUGAUAAAGAAAGAUAUAACAGUUUCAUUGAAUUACAAGAUAAGUUGCAUCAUAACAUUUGCCGAAAACGUUCAUUGGUUGCUAUUGGUACACAUGAUUAUGAUACUAUUAAGGGUCCUUUUACUUAUGAUGCUAAGCCACCAAAAGAUAUUAGGUUUGUACCUCUUAAUCAAGAAAAAGAGUUCUCUGCUGAAGAAUUAAUGAUAUUAUAUUCGGCAAAAGUGGUGCUCGAUACCAUUGUUUGUAUGUUUAGCCAGUAUUGUUCUGAUUCACACAGUAUUGAGUAUUGUGAAGUUAUUAACCCUGACGGUACAUCAGCAUUAUAUCCAGAGCUAGAAUACAGAAGUGAAAAUGUUUCUGUCAAAAAAUCUAAUAAAAAAAUCGGAAUAAAUGAAUCUCCAGAGAAUAUUGUUCAUUUAUUGUCUAAGAUGUGUCUUACAACUGAGUUAACAAAUAACUCAGAUAUUGUAAAAGUUACCAUCCCUCCUACAAGGCACGAUGUAUUACACGCAUGUGAUAUUUAUGAAGACAUUGCUAUUGCUUAUGGUUACAAUAAUAUUAAAAGAACUUUUCCUAAAACAAAUACUGUUGGCCAGCAAUUUUCAAUAAAUAAGUUAACAGAUUUAUUAAGAUAUCCUAUAGCUGAAGCUGGAUUUACCGAAGCUUUAACUUUUACCCUGUGUUCAAGAGAGGACAUAUCUACAAAAUUAGGUAUUGCGUCUAUAGAUAGUGUACCAGCGGUGCACAUCUCUAAUCCGAAAACAUUGGAAUUUCAAGUUUGUCGUACAACGCUUUUACCUGGUAUCUUGAAAACAAUAGCAGCCAAUAAAAAAAUGUCAUUACCAUUAAAAAUAUUUGAAAUCGCCGAUGUAGUUCUAAGAGAUGUGGAUACAGAAGUUGGUGCCCGAAACGAGAGGAGAAUAUGUGCGGUAAACUGUAAUACAAAUGCAGGUUUCGAAGUUGUUCAUGGUCUUCUUGAUAGGAUAAUGUUACUUUUGGAAGUUCCUUGGUCACGUAAGAAGAAUUCAGUUGGUUAUUACUUACAAGCUGCUAAUCAUCCAGCAUACUUUCCAGGAAGAUGUGCAAAUAUAAUUUGCCACGGAACUUCCAUAGGAAAGAUUGGCGUAUUGCAUCCUGAUGUGUUAACCAAAUUUGAACUUACAAAUCCAUGUUCGGCUUUAGAAAUAAAUAUUCAAUCAUUUGUUUAAUUUUGCAUGGUUGAACUAAAAAUCCAUACUCUGUUAAAUUAUUUUUUAAAUAAAACAUUUUUAAUCGAGUAUUAGACGUUGUUAAAUAA